AUGUUAUUCCAUAGGUUUCACUACUUGGACCGGUGGUAUAUACGACAAUUGUAUAGGGGGCCUCUCAGCCUUCCUGUACAUAAACAGUUCACCGCCAAGGCGUUCCACAACAACAGACGAUCAGGAUCAAGGACGAAAAAGAAGUCUCCACCGACCAAGGACGAAGGAGAAGCCUUCAACGACCAAGGACGAAGGAGAAGCCUUCAACAACCAAGGACGAAGAAGAAGCCUUCAACGACCAAGGACGAAGAAGAAACCUCCACCAGCCUCCAAGAAAGAAGAAAAGAAGUCGUCGUUACCAGUCUAGAGAAGUCAGCCAUGCUGAAAGUUGCAGAAGAACGGUGUGGUCAUGAGUCUCAAUUGGAGAAGGUCCUGACUGUCAUGGUAUGCGUCUCCAACGAAAUAAAGAUGUAG